AUGUCGCUCUCGUCGCUUGCUGAUGCGUUCGCCCCGUUCAUUAGGGAGAUCCAGUCGACCCGGUACGCGGAACUCGCGUCAAGCACUAUCGUAAUCUAUGACCAUUUGAUCACAUUGGACCAGGAGAUAGACCUAAUAUGGAAGGCUUCAUGGACACCCGGAAAAGUAUUGUUCUUAACGAACCGUUAUUACGUUCUUGCAAGUGUAAUAUUCAACAACUACGUUCUUUUCACCACACAUCUCUCCGACUCGGAUUUCUCGUUCAAUCGUUCUCACAUGCAUUCGCUGUCUCUGCACGGAAAUAGCUGCGUUAAAUGGUUUCGAUGGCAAGGGACGACGGGCUUGCUGGUGUCCAUGAUCGCCGAAAUCAUCCUCCAACUGCGAUUAUACGCGCUGUACCACCUCAACCGACGCGUGCUCGUGCUCAUGUGCGGGGCGUUCCUGGUCUCAGCGGGCACAGCGGCCGUGAUCAUGGGCACGGUGCUCGCGCGUAUAUCAGCGCACUCGGGCCUGAUUCCGGGCCUGCCGUUCUGCAUCCCGGUGAACGUGCCCUCGUGGUUCUACACGUUCUGGAUCCCGACGCUCGGCUUCGAGAGCCUGCUCUGCGCGCUCGCGUUGUUCCGCGCGUUCAAGGACUUUCGCAGCCGCACGAGCCUCUUCCAGAGCGGGCGGCACAUCGUGAAGAUAUUGAUCCGGGACUCGGUGAUUUAUUACCUCAUUAUGUUCGCGACGUACUUUACCAACCUCGUCAUAUUCCUCACUGGCAACGUCGGCGUGCUCGAGUCCGGGAUCGGGUUUGCGGUGACGAUGUCGUGCGUGAUGGGCAGCCGGCUGUGCCUGAACAUCCGCGACGUGCACCACGAGCUGGAGGUGUCGACCGCGUCGCAGCAGCAGCAGCAGCAGCAGCAGCACCUCACGCAGCCGUCGUUCGUGUCCGGCGGGCGGAGUGCGUACGGGACGGCGAGCCGCGGGACGAAUAUCGUGGUUUCGAGCACGUACGCGCUGACGGAGUUUGAGCUCGUGGAGCUGCGCAAUUUGCGGGCGCAGGGGAAGGUGUAG